CAUCAGACAUCUUCAUCUCCCAGUACGACACUGGACAGAAGGAAGCUGUAAGAGCUGCAUUCAAGCAGCGAAUCCAGAAUGUUCCUGUUUUUAAAGAGGUGAAGGUAAACCUUCUAAAUAACGUGUGUCCAGAUAAGGACAGCUCCAAAUCAAUGCAGAGUGAAAUGGAUUCAGCAACAACCAUUGCAGCUGCAACAGCGGCAGCUAUUGCUUCCACAGCCCCACUUUUGAAAGUCCAGAGUGACUUGGAAGCAAAAGUGAAUUCUGUUUCCGAAAUGCUAACUAAGUUGCAAGAGACAGAUAAACAACUGCAGCGUGUGGCUGAACAGCAAGGCAGUCUGAAGGCUCAACAGCUUGAGGAGUCUUCUAGCAAUCAGAUGGUUGGCAAACUUGAAAAACAGAUGAAUGUCUUCAUGGAACAACGAAUUCAACAUCUGGAAAAUUUGCAGCAACAACAAAUGAAUAUCCAGUCUCAGUUAAUUAGCUCUGCACUGAAUUCAGGUGGUUUCCAAACUGUUAAGGCAGCACCUUUCAAAGAAUUAUCAAAACAUGCUGUGAAGGCAGGGAAGCUGCUUGGUAACCAAACUACGUCUCAGGAGGACUUAUUUCUGCCUAGGGCAGCACAAGUCUAUUCACGGCAAUUGGAAAAACAGGCUGUUCAUAUACAGAAAUCUCCUUUGAAGACUCCGGCCCCACGGAGAUAUGCUCCUAUGCCUGUAUCUAAAGAUGCUCAAAUUUCACAAAAAAUGGCAAAGAAAGAGCUGUCUUUUGGAGAGAAAGAAAAUGCGUCUUGUGGUAUAACUCUAGGUGGAGGGAAACUUCUAGAGCAAAUCCUGAAAGCACAUGAAACUACAUUAAAUCCAAGCACAUCCUCAGAAGUAACUAACCGGGCAGUGUCAUGGCAUUUAGGGAGUGAGCACAUACCUCAGACAGCAUUCUCUGUAUUUAAAAGCGCAAAUGAAGAUCUUGAUUCCAUUGGGAAAACUGUGAAAAAAGCAGAUGAUGUGCUUCAUGAUCUUGGGCAAUUAAAAAAGGAAAUGCAUGAUAUCCUGCAGGAUGCAAAGGACUGGAAAUCAGACAUGAACAAUUUUGUGAAGACAACAACCUCAUACGCAAAAGAAGUUGAGCAAAGGAAAGACCAUGUCUCUUCUCAUCAACCUGUCCCCUCAUCAGAGGUCCUUCUCAAGAUGCCACCACAAACUGAGGAAAGAAAUCUUCUCGAACUUCAGCAACUUUCCAAAGCAUCAAUUGUUCAGUCAAACAAGGCAUCCAAAUCUAUAAUGAGAGAUGCUGAAAAGAUCCUAAGAACAGUGCGCAAGAAUAAAAGGCUUCUUGAAGAAAACCUGGAAGCCAUUAUUCGUGCCAAGGAUGCUGAUGCUUUGCAUGCCUUCAUAGAUGAAUUGACAGCAGAUCGAGAUGUACUAGAGGAAAUAAGGAUCAGGAAGACAGUAGAUGAAUGGAUUAAGAUAAUGAGCAUGGAAAUUCAGGAUGAAAUAGCAAGGAAGGACUACCUCAAGGCACAACAGACCGUCAAGACAUCCAGCAGAGAAGCAAAUGCAAAAUCUCAUUAUGAUCAAAGAAUUCCCCCCAAAAGAGUUUUGCCUACAGCAAAGCCGUCUCCAAAACUGCCAGAAAAACAGAGUUCUCUGAAAACAAGGUUGGAAGCACAAAAUGAAGAGUAUCUUUCUCAGGUUUAUGGCAGGCCAGUUUACCAAGGUCACAGAAGCACACUGAAGAAAUCUCCAUAUCUGCGCUUCAAUUCUCCACCUCCCAAAUCAAAACCUCCACGACCAAAAGUAAUAGAAAGUGUUAAAGGUACAAAAGUAAAAUCUACCAGGACACAGACCAGCCCCCAUCUGGACAAUAAAGUUAUCAAUCCUAAGAAGCCAGAAUUAGUAUCUGCUUUUCACCAGGAACUACAGUAUCUUUUCAGUCCAACGAAAGCGAUUCGUGAAGCAUCUGGUUCUCUUGAAGGUCAUCUCAUUCCAAUGGCAAUUCCAUUAGGGCAAAAACAGAUCAAUCUCAUCUCAUCUCAGCCUUCAGAAAUAAAUAUAGGUGAAUUCCAUCCUGUUACUGUGGCAACUUCUGUUCUUCCCCCUUCCUCUCCCUCAUCACCAAAGUCAAAAGUGAACAAGCCCAGUGUCACAAUAAUAGAAAUGAAGUCAGAGAAAAAGGAUCCUCCCAAACUAACUAUGCAGACACUACCUAAUAUUGAUAUUGACAGCGUCUCAAGUGACACUACAAAUGAAAACCAGGAGUCUUUACUACCUGGUCCUGCAAAGGCUACAAUACAGCCCACUUCAGAAGACAGCUUGCUUCAAGAUGAAGAGCUGAAACUUCCAGGUGCUAACUUUAUUGAUGCUACUGAUAUUACUCAGGAAGAAGGAGACGAUGACCGGAUGUCACAGUGCUCUGAACCAUUCCUACACUUUAGCAGACAAGGUGACAUCAGUUCUCCAAAAUAUAAUGGACCUCCAUUUCCACCAGUGGCUCCAGCACCCCAGGUUUCAGCCGAUAUUCUUGAUCAGAUAAUAGAAAAACAAGAGAUCUUGGAAAACAAAUUGAUUAGCUGGGUAGAACAAGAAGUAAUGGCACGAGUUAUCAGUGGAAUGUAUCCAUCUCAGAAAGAGGUGAUUCGCAAUUUAAGCUCAUCAGAGAGUGAAGAGAGCCAAGCAGUAUCCUCGGACAUUGUUGAAGCAGCAGGCACUAAAGGUUUUCAGCUAUUUGUUGAUGCUGGCGUCCCAGUAGAUUCUGAAAUGAUAAGGCAUUUUGUCAAUGAAGCUCUUGCUGAGAGAGUAGCUAUAAUGCUGGGCAACAGAGAAAGCGAAAAAGCUGCAUUGGCUCCAGUCGUUUCUUCCAGUGCGCCACAGUUGCCAGAAAAGGAAACCAUUUUAUCUACUCCAUCGGUCACACCUGCAUCCUCACCAUCUCAGUCACCACCACCUGUAAAAGAAUCCUUUACCGUAAAAACCCCAGAGUCCUCUAUGUCUGUUAACGAGAUGGAUGAAGAUGUGGGUGCAACAGGGUCUGAGGCAGUAGUUACCAGUCCGGUUCAUACACCUGUGGUUACCCCUACAGCAACACCCCUAGUAGCCUCACCAAGCCCUCCUGUAUCAGUCCGUACCCUGGACCCAGGAGUGAUGAAAGGACAAACCCCUCCCAAUGCAUGGGGCAAUACAGAACUUCCUUUGGAAGAAGAGAAGCCAAGUCCACAGAGCGAAGAAGAUUAUAAUCCAACAGCUAUUAUAAUGUCCGUGGGUAAGCAUGAAGAGCCAGAGAUUUUGGUACUGCCAACCUCUCCUGAGUUACCUAAGACCCACAGUCCACUUCCUGCAGAACCUAGAGCUCCAUCACCUUCUGUGGAAACAUCUAGUUCUGACCCUUCGGAAGAAAGCAGUCCAACCACUACAGAAACUGAGGCUCCGGACAGGCCCAUUUCUGAAGGAGAAAUUCUGUACAGCUAUGGUCAACUGCUAGCUGCAAAAGCUUUGGCAGAAGGUGGACUGUCUUUUCCAAACCUCAGCGAUAGUUUGGCCAGCACCCUUCACGAUGCCCAUGAGAUGGAUUAUGAUCCUCCCAGUGAGGGACAAGUGAUACGGAGACCCCACCGAGGACCCCAUCGAGAUCAAGUCCUUUCUCUCUUUUCAAAACUGAAUCAAGCUCCACUUACUUUGCCUGAAGAGAUUUGCCACUCAGAGGAUUCUGACAACAGUGCUGGGGAACUUAGUGAGGGUCAAAGACCAAGGCUAACAAAAGCUGCUGAAAGUAUCCUGAUGGGACACUCUGUUUACAUGGGCCAGACUACCAGCCACAUUUCUAAAGAAUUAACUCAACAGAUGCCAUCAUCAGGACAAUGUGACAAUGUUGCAGGAGAUAGUCCUGGUGUUCCUGAUGUUACUCACGGGCCAAUGAGCAUAGCUGAACUUGCUCAUGACUCUCUAGGGGCAUAUGGAAACACCAAGCUGACACCUCAGUUGGAUGACUCAUUGCAGACAACGCCCCAAGACGCUUUCCAGGAAAUACCAGUGAAUUCCAGAAUCAUCUGUGUAAAACCAAAAUCCGAACAUACACAGCAGAAAGGGACAGAAGUCAUACCCCAUUUAAGCCCCCUUCCUGCACCAGGUAAAGUAUCAGUGAAGGUGCCAUCUGCUGAUAUAGAGGACAAAUCUCUGAGCUUCAGUUCAGUUCAUGGGAGUUCAGAUUCUUCUGGGGCAGACACAUUUUGAAAUGUGCAGGCUUAUUCAUGCAUACAGGUAUUUUGGGGAGAGGAUGUUGACAGGUAUUUGUCUGAAAAUAAUGUAACACGCUAACGUUUGGUGCAGAAAUGUCGCUAGCCAUAUUGUAAAAAAAUGAUUUGCCUUUUAUCAUCAGGAACUUUAUAGACUGUAUAUAUAUAUGUAUAUAUAAAUAUCUGUGCAUAUGUGUUGAUAAAAUAUGUACAUUUUU